AUGUCUAGCGCUCUAGCGAAAGCCUCACCCUUAAAGCCUGACAUACGUCUUGCUCAGGCCAUUUCAGAAUUUGAAGCCGAUCUUUCACCCGAGCAAAAGUCGAAAUUCCGAACGCUGAGCUCGCAGUCGCGCUCAACAACACCUAGCCCACACGAUGUCAUGCAGCUCACAGCUGAGGUUGAUCGUUACACAUCCAAGUUUGGCAGUGCAUGUUUCGGGCCUCGCUUUAUUAACUUCCUUCACGGAGUUCAGCAGUUCGCGACUGUUGGCGACGUUUUGGUCGGAGGAUCGCAGCACUUGCUAGCAUGUGGCGUGUGGUCAUUGGUACGCAUGUCGUUAUUGUCGAUUGUAAACCUUUCGGCCUACGUCGAAAAGCUGUCCUCGCUAUUUAUGGACAUUGGCCGCUCUGCCCCUCGCUAUCAAGAGAUUGCCCUGCUAUAUCCUCAGUCUUCGAAGCUACAAUCGCACCUCUUUGAGUACUUUACCGUAGUGGUUGGCCUGUGCCAUUACCUGUUCAAGUUCGGAAAGAAAUCGGCUAUCCAGAAAUUUGCGUCCUCGCUAAGUGAUGCGCGUUUAAAGGCCUUCCAAACGGAUCUUCAUAAGUGGGCAGCUUCCAUCAAGGAGCAGAUGGACGUAAGUGAAGCUCAAGAGAACUCUGGUUUUAGGGGUUUAACGCGGCAAAUGUUUAAGUCUGCUUCAUAUGAGCAGAGACUUAGAGUUAACGCGCGAGUACUUGACUUUUGCUCUACGUACGAUCAUGAAGUAGCGUGGAAGCAAAUUAGAAAGGCCGGUAACAUGUCAUUCUAUAGACAACAAGCAGAGUAUCAAGAGUGGAGGGAUGGCUCGUAUUCUAGCACGCUGCUGUACACAGGCAAAUUGGGCUCGGGAAAGUCGGUAUUGCUAGCCAAUAUCGUGGAUGACCUUAGCCUCUCCGCUAAAGACCCAUCCCUGGUGGCAUACUUCUUUUGCAAACAUGACAUUCCAAAAAGUCUGCAGGCACGGACGAUCAUCGGUUCAUUGGCACGACAGCUUCUGCGUACUGUUCCCGAUCUUAGCGUACUUGCUAAGAGUUGCGAAAAUACUCACACUAUAGGCGAUACUGAGAAGGUACUGGAAACGCUUCUUCAAGGCUUUUCCGCUCAUACAAAAGUAUAUUUCGUGCUUGAUGGCCUAGAUGAAUGCAAUGAUGAGGAGAAAGAGACGUUGGUGCAGGCAAUCGGGAAGAUCCAGGUGAAGCUAAAGAUGCUAGUCUGUGCUUCUUUUCGAGAAGAGCCAAACAAUGGUCUGCAGUCGAUUACUGGCAGUAAUCAACUUUUGGCCAUUCGCGCUGUCUCCAUCCCAGACGACAACCCAGAUAUUGACGCCUUUAUCGAAGCAGAUCUUGAGCGUUGCCUUCACCAAAAACGCCUAACAAUUGGAGAUCCAACUCUAUUCGGGGAGAUUCAAGAUAGGCUGUCAAAAGGCUCGCAAGGAAUGUUCCUCUGGGUAGCUCUUCAAAUUCGGACUUUGUGCAGUAUGAAAACCGAUCACGCUAUCCGAGAAGCACUAGCAGACCUACCCAAAGACCUCUCGGAGACAUUUGCCAGGAUUCUACGGAAGUCAGCAAAUUCAGAAAUGUCAGGAAGCUCAGAUCUAGCACUCCAGAGGAAAACGCUACAGUUUGUGCUUGCAGCUUACCAGCCUUUAACAACGAACGAGUUGCGGGAAGCCCUGAGCGUUACUCCUGGAGACACAACUUGGGAUCCUUCCAAAAUGUUGAACGAUGUUUACUCAGCACUAGCUUGCUGCGGAUGCCUCCUUUCUGUUGAUGAAGAGGAGCUUACCGUCCGAGUUAUACAUCACAGUGUCAAGCAGUACAUCCUUAAUACCAACUUUUCGUUUCAAGAGGCGCAAAGGAUGUUUUCAGAUACUGUUGUCACGUACCUUGGCUAUGGUGUCUUCGGGACUGAGCUAUCAAGGGUCAAGACCCAUCCUAUAGUAGCACAAUCCGCACCAUCUAAGAUCGUGCAAGCCACUAUUAGUUCGUCAAGCACUGCUCGUCAUAUGGCUAUAAAGUUUCUCGAAUCAAGACGGCAACAUGAGUUUGAUAUAAGCAAAGCUCUCGCGGGAGCGCACAGCUCCUUCAAUUCUAAGCCCGAGCACGCAUUUAGAUUCUACGCUUAUGCAAAAAUCUAUUGGCAGGACCAUCAACGGAUGGACGCCGCUGAUGCAGGCGGCAAGAGGCGGACAUAGAGACACAGUUGAGGUGCUGCUUACCGCUGGCAAGGCUGACGUUGAGGCGAGAGACAGGGAC